AUGGCCGGCUGGUUUUCAUCUGCCUCCCCGCUCGACGAGCAAAUCGAGCGGGCGACGGGCUCCUCGCUGGAGGACAUUGCUCUUAACCUUGAGAUCUCCGACAUGGUACGAUCGAAGAGUGUUCAACCCAAAGAGGCGAUGCGCUCCCUGAAGCGCCGCCUAGAGAACCGAAACCCGAACAUUCAACUUGCAACAUUGAAGUUGACCGAUACCUGUGUCAAGAAUGGCGGCGCCCAUUUCUUAGCCGAGAUAGCAUCGCGUGAAUUCAUGGACAACCUAGUAUCACUGUUGAAAUCAGAAGGCGCGCCACUCAACCCGGAUGUGCAGAGGAAAAUCUUGGAGCUGGUACAAAAUUGGGCCAUGGCAUCUCAAGGCAGGAUGGAUUUAUCAUACCUCGGGGAAACGUACAGCAAGCUUCAGAAGGAAGGGUUUCAGUUCCCACCAAAGACGGAGAUGAGUGGGUCAAUGCUGGAGAGUAACGCACCACCAGAGUGGAUCGACUCCGACGUUUGCAUGCGAUGUCGCACUGCCUUUAGCUUCAUGAACAGGAAGCAUCACUGUCGCAACUGUGGAAAUGUGUUUGAUCAACAAUGCUCAAGCAAAGUCCUCCCCCUUCCACAUCUUGGAAUCCUCCAACCUGUGCGGGUGGAUGACGGGUGCUAUGCCAAACUGACUUCGAAAUCAUACACCUCAGCAGGGCUGGCGGAUCGAUCGACAUUCAAAAACAACUCGAUUACAAAGUCGAAUUCGAUGGAGCCCAGAGGUGCCAAAGCGGACACAAGCUUUGAUGACGACCUGAGGCGGGCACUGCAGAUGAGUCUUGAGGAAGCAGAAGGGAGAGGACCCACUGGCUUUGUGCCACAAACUGGCAAUGCUCCUCAACCCGCUUCACAGAGCUCUGCAUCUGCACCCGGCCCCUCAAACGACGAUGAGGAAGACGCAGAUUUGAAAGCGGCAAUUGCAGCCUCGCUCCGAGAUAUGGAAGAGCACAAACAAAAGCAUGCAGCUGCGUUGAAGAGCAAUUCUCCACCUUCGUCUAAUCUUCAGGACACAUCGAAUCCCGUCCCUCUCACCAAGAACCCAUACGAAUUAAGUGCCGUGGAAGCUGAAAAUAUCCACCUGUUUGCCACCCUUGUGGACCGGCUUCAGCAUCAGCCGCCGGGGACCAUUCUCCGAGAACCCCAAAUCCAAGAAUUAUAUGAGAGCAUCGGCGCGCUGCGGCCGAAGCUAGCCCGCAGUUAUGGCGAAACAAUGAGCAAACACGACACACUCCUGGACCUUCACUCAAAGCUGUCUACUGUCGUCCGCUACUACGACAGAAUGCUAGAAGAGCGACUAUCCAGUGCUUAUUCGCAGCAUACGCUCGGUUAUGGAGGGGCUUCCGGAGCUGCGCAAUACCCUAUCAUGCCUGGGAUGCCUCCGCAUGUGCCGGACACAAAACCCGGCGCUGAAAACUACUACUAUACCAACGCGACCGCCCCCUCUCCGGCCGGGGUGACCGCUCAGGCUUAUGCUCAACCGGGUCAUGAGAAUUGGAGUCAGAAUCCUUAUCCCUCGCUAGCAUCUCCCCGUCCGCAGAGCAGCGUCAUGUCCAAUCAUCCAGCGGCUCCAGGGCCGGCUGGUAACUCUCAGUACUAUGCGCCUCGGCCGGAAACAGAGCAGCCUCAAUCUUACUUUACUGAGGCCGCCCAUCAUUCCAUCCCAGCCACGAGGCCUGAUGGUCAGCACCAGUCUGGUGCUGGCAGCGCUGGCUUUGCCCCGAGCGCACCCGAUGUGUAUUCACCGGGGGCAGUCCACCCCUCUCCCCAUGCGGGAGCUGCUCCGGAAAUUAGUCAACAGGCAGCAGCAGGGCCUCCACAGUCCUACUACCAUCCCUCUCAGCAGGCUGCGGUGGCACCUUCGGCGUAUGCUCUCGCCGGCGCGGGCCAGCCGGGUGUCUACUCGGAUGCUGGCCAUACGCAACCCCCUACCUCACACCCGCCACCCCCAGCAGCGGAGGAGAGCUUAAUUGAGCUGUAG